UGCAUCAUCCAUCCGUCACAGGCAGACAACAAUUGCCCAAUAAAUUCAACACUCAAAAUUUUUAAAUCCGUGAACAACCAAACACACUCGCUUAGCAGAAACCCCAAAGCCAUCAUCUCAGUCUCAGUUUCGAAUUAAUCUCCAUCAUUGUCUUCUGCACCUUUUCCCUUCUCUCUCUGCUGCACUUCCGAAACCUAACCAUGCCCAUUCCGCAGAUCCAUCAUCAUCUCUACUCAACCUUCCUCUGUCCUCUCUAUACUCCCACCUCCAAAUCCACCUUCUUUAAACCUCAAACUCUCUCAAUCACGUCCGCCAUCUCAGGACGUAAGCUACGCGCUGCUGUCAUCGGAGGCGGUCCAGCUGGUUCCUCCGCCGCAGAAGCACUUGCUGCUGGAGGAAUCGAAACAUUCCUCUUCGAACGCAGCACCUCCACGGCCAAACCUUGCGGCGGAGCCAUUCCUCUCUGCAUGUUAGACGAAUUCAACAUCCCUCUCAACCUCAUCGACCGCCAUGUCACCCGUAUGAAGAUCGUUUCUCCUUCCAAUCUCACAGUUGAUUUUGGUUCCAAAACUUUGAAGCCUCAUGAAUCUAUCCCCAUGCUCCGCCGUGAAGUUCUCGAUUCCUUUCUGCGAUCACGCGUACAAUCCAAAGGCGCUACUUUGAUCCAGGGUUUAGUGAUGCAUAUAGAUAUACCCUCUCUUCCAAAAGAGCCUUAUAUCAUACAUCAUAUAAUUAACAACAACAUCAAAGGCGAGCUAGCGGUCGAUGUAGUCAUCGGCGCUGACGGAGCUAACAGCCGUGUAGCCAAGUCAAUAAACGCUGGAAACUACAGUUGCGCCAUUGCUUUCCAAGAAAGAAUCAGAUUACCUGAUGACAAAAUGGAGUACUACAAAGACCUAGCCGAGAUGUAUGUGGGCGAUGACGUCUCACCCGAUUUUUACGCGUGGGUGUUUCCGAAAUGCGACCACGUAGCAGUGGGUACUGGCACUGUAUGUUCAAAGCAAAACAUUAAGGUUUUCCAAAGAGGCAUACGAGAAAGGGUAAGAGACAAAAUCAAGGGUGGUAAAGUGAUUAAAGUAGAGGCCCACCCAAUACCGGAGCACCCGCGUCCGACCCGGGUAAGAGGACGGGUGGCGCUGGUGGGGGAUGCAGCUGGGUAUGUGACCAAGUGCUCCGGAGAAGGGAUAUAUUUUGCGGCAAAGUCCGGGAGGAUGUGCGGGGAGGGUAUAGUGAAGGCGUCUGAAGGAGGAGAGAAGAUGGUGAGUGAGGAAGACUUGAAGAGGGAGUAUUUGAGAGAAUGGGAUAACAAGUAUGUGAAUACAUUUAGGUUUUUGGAUUUGUUGCAAAGAGUGUUUUAUGGGAGUAAUGUGGGUAGAGAGGCAUUGGUUGAGCUAUGUGGAGAUGAGUAUGUGCAAAGAAUGACAUUUGAUAGUUAUUUGUAUAAGAAGUUGGCCGGUGGAGAUAGAUGGGAGGAUGUGAAGAUGGUUUUGAAUACUUUUGGGAGUCUGGUUAGGUGCAGGAUUGUGGGCAGGGAGAUGGAGGGUUUGAAGGUUUAGUUAGUAGGAUUUGUUUUUUUUUUUUCUUUUUCUUUUUUGGGUUCUAUUGGUCAUUGCACAUCACUUUGUGAUUAUGCAUGAUAAUUGGUAUUCAGCUGGACUGGUUCGAAUUGGAAUACCAAGUGAGCUCGAGUGAUUCGAAUUUGAAAUUUUGCCACGAAUCUAGUACCAAUUGAGCUACAUCCCAUCAAUCGGUGUAUGCUUAAUUGGAUUUUACCAGUGUAGCCUAGUUUGUUAUGCUGGAAUGAGCUCUUUGAUCAUCGUUGGUGUUAGAUUGAAAAUGAAGAAAAGCGGACAGUACCUCAAAACGGGUGGUUUGAGGGGCUGACUCUGUAGUUUAUGGAUUGAUGUUUUUCUGAAAAUUGCAAAGGAUGACCAAGUUCGUAGCUCAUUGAUUUUCAAUUGCUGCUUUAGAAAUUUGAAUUCCAGUUCAAGCUUCUCAGUAUCA